AUAAUCCGACUAGAAACACAGAGUGUCAUGGCGACGACUACCGGCUAAUUUCUACAAUUUCCUUUUCGAUUAAGUUAGCUUUCUUUAAACGUAAGUACAGUAGAUUUGUUUGUUUGCAGAUAGAUGGACGGCGUGCCUUGUCUUCGUGUGUCUAGCUGUCAUGCGCAGCAUUUCAGGGGAUUUCUACAGUCAAAGGGAGCUCUUGACAAGACCUUGUCUUUAGUUAAAGACUCAGAUGAAACAGUUCUCCUUCCGUUGUUACCAUCCUGUCUGCCACUACUUGAUCUUCAGUCUUUCAGAAACACUGAAGCGCCACACAUUUGUGAAAUAGUUUGGAGUCAGUCUCCACUGCAGUCAAAGAAACAAAGAAGGGUGAUAAGUGGUAAUAAACUAGAGAAAAUCAUCCAAGAGCUGUUGGAGUCUCAUGGCGAAAGAUGGAUAGAGGAGCUAAGAGGGGACCUCCCUCAUAACUUCCAGCGGCAUGGGGAUCUCGUCCUGUUAGGAGAUAACUGUUUCACCCUGCCAUUAUGGGAUAAAAUGGGUGAUCAGUUAUGGAGUGUCGUGGCCAAAGGGCUGGGGGCACAGCGUCUGGCAAGGAUGAGCCGAAUAUCCAAGGAUGGAUUUAGGUCCCCUGUGGUGUCAGUGCUGUUGGGUGAUCACAGCUGGGUCAGACAUGUGGACAAUGGUAUCAGCUAUGAGUUUGAUGUUACCAAGUGCAUGUUCUCAGCUGGAAACAUAACAGAAAAGCUCCGGGUGGCUGGAUUUAACUGCAGAGAAGAGACAGUAGUGGAUUUAUAUGCAGGUAUUGGAUACUUCACUCUCCCUUAUCUGGUUCAUGCAAAGGCCAGUCAUGUUCAUGCCUGUGAGUGGAACCCUGACUCGGUUAAAGCUUUACAGAAAAACCUCGAGGCAAACCGAGUGUCUGACCGCUGUACUAUUUAUCAAGGAGACAAUCGUCAACUCCAGCUGUGCAAUGUUGCAGACCAUGUGAACUUAGGUCUCAUUCCAAGCUCUGAGGAUGGCUGGCCUGUUGCCUGCCGGCUGCUGAAGAGAUCAACUGGAGGAAUUUUACACAUCCACCAAAAUGUCACCUCACCAAUACAGAGCACUGCAGCUAAUGAUCCCAAUCAGAGACUUUCUGGGAAGAAAGCUGACAGGGAGGCGUGGCAGGCCUGGGCUAAUGAAACAGCAAACCACAUAGUUUCUCUUUUAAGGGACCUCACUGGUGCACUGUGGGUAACUAACAUCCAACACAUAGAGCAUGUUAAGUCAUAUGCACCUCAUGUCCACCAUGUUGUGUUGGACUUGGAGUGCAGACCAUCCUGAAUUAACAUGUAUAUUAAGCAGACACUGUGGUACCAAGCAGCUUGAAAUGUUCCAGUGGCCUUAUUCCAGAGAAGAUGUAGAUUUUCCCUAUACAAACAAACAAGUAGUUCAGGUUGUUAAAUCAACUGCUGUAAUCUUUUCUAAACCUUUAUUUAUCCAAGGCUAAUUGAUGGAGCACAAACAUCAGACUCAUGCAGUUCUUCUUUGCUGUAUCUGACAGGUGGCCAGAUCAGACACUAGUGACUGGAUGUUCGUCUCUUUUCAGAGAGCCGGCUCUUUUGCCUCUGCUCUCAAAGAAGAGUCAGCUCUUUUGGCUCCCAAACGGCUCUUACUUUAGCAUCUUUUUUAGCCCCAUAAUUUACCUUAACUUUUAAAAAAAAGUAAUGGUUUGUGUUUUAAAACUUGUUUGAAUUCAGAAUUUUUACAAGAAGCCUUAUAUUUGCCUCCUUUUGUGCAUUUAUUCUGAUACAAAACCACUUACUUUUGUUUAAUAUUUCAACAAAAUUCUUAGAUUGCACAAAUGAACAAACAACAGCAAACAAAUCCAUAAAACAGAGCAAGAACCAAACUCAAGAAAGCAGCAUUAAUGUCCUCAGUGCAGGUUGGUGUUCAAAAAAAAAUUUUUUUUUCCUCAUUCAGCGCGAGCCGGCUCUUCUGAUUCACUACAAAGCAUCAGCUCUCAGAGCGCAUGGCACAUCACUAUCAGACACAGUCUUAUUUGCUGUCCACCAAACAGCUGCCUUGCUCAAGGACACAUCAUUGUUGCCACCGUCUGCAGACUUCAUUAUGACUCAGUAAUAUAUAGGAAAAACCAAAGUUCUUAAAUUCCAAUGUAGCUAUGGUUUAGCCAGAGCUAAAAGUGCACAUCUACAAGAUUUAUAACAAGAUGUUGAUACAGUGGGAUUUUUUUUUCUUUCUUUACUUUCAGUUUGUAAUUAGAUCUUUAAGAGAAGGAAGUGUUCAGUUCAGUGCAGUGUUUCUGGUAUGCCUGGAAAAUCUUAAUGAAUGAUGGAAAUGGAGAGUACAGAUGCUUUCAUGCAGAGGAGUUAAUGAGAGUGAAUAUAAUGUGAAUCACAUGACACGACUUUCACAACCAUGAGACUUGAACUUUGCUGAGUAGAUCAAAAGAUUAAUACCCAAAUAAGGAAAUAUCUUCUGGAUGAGUGGGGUUCAUCCGUUCAGUCAGACUAAUGAAGCUGCUGCUUUCCGUUUUCCUUGUUUACACAUCUAUAUCUGCUGAGAAGAUAUAUAUUUACGAUAUACACAAAAAACAGAUUGGAUUUUACUACGAUUUUUCUGACCAUUCCUACCAUUUGAUUUUCUGUAUUUUGUAUGAGGCAGGUUGACCUAAUGUUAAAGACGCACUGUGUAGUCAAUAGAGGGUUAGUAUAGCUAUGAACAUGUUAAAGUUUAUAUUAAUAAUUUGCAUGUGAUUUGCCCAUUCCUGUUUUACACCAUGGUAAGGACUUCUCAUCCAAUAAUUAAUAAUAAUAAUAAUACAGUUUAUUUAAAAAAGCGCCUUUCAAAACACUCAAGGAUACUGUACAGAAGAACAUCAAAAUGGUUAAAAACAAUUAGUACAAAACAGAACAGAGGACAACAUUAUGAUGGUGCACGUGUGAUUAGAUGAUGGACUGUCUGAACAAAUGUGUUUUGAGUUGUGAUUAAAAGAGAGUCUGUGGUAAAGUCUAUAAUUACAUAUACAACAAAGGAACAAAUACAUAUAAAAAUAAAAAUGUAAUUGAUAUUGAGUGCAAACAUUAUCACCAGAAUUUAAUUACGUAAACUAAGCACAAAAAAUUCAAAUAGUAUUUGGUCAAUUAUUUCCCCUCUUUAAUAUCAGUUGGUGUUAUAUAUAGUUGGAAAGCUUCAUUAGUCACCUUUACAAACAGGUAUAACUGGUAAGGAUUGUGCUUUUGAGGAAGGAGCAACACAGCUAAAACUGUGUGGGUUGUUCCCAAAAAUAUGCCCAGUCGCCUUCAAUAUUCUGUUGGUAUUCCCUCAUGUUUUGGGAUUCCAGUGCUGCCAUGUGUGUGUCAUGACUAGCACACAAUUGAUAGACAUGUCAGAAUGAGAGUAUGACACCAGUGGUAAUCCUAUAUCUUUAGAAUCUGGGACCUAACUCCACCCUCUAGGACAGGGCUACUCAGUUUGGUCCCAUGAGGGCCACAAUCCUUCAGGUUUUCAAUGUUUUCCUGCUCCAACACAUCUGACUCACAUUCAAUGGAUCCAACCGCCUAUGAAGUUCUGCACAACGAUUCAUUAAUUUGAGUUGUGUGUUGGAGCAAGGAAACAUUGAAAACCUGAAGUGUUGCAGCCCUUGUGGUACAGGGAAUUGAGUAAUUCUGCUCUAGGAUCACAACAUUCCCCCACAGAGCCAGGAUAACCACUGAGUAUCUCGAAAAUCUGGUAUUGGAGCAGAUGAAAUGACCUGCCAUCAUUCCAGACCUCAACCCAAUUGAACACUUAUGGGAUCGGCCUGGGAAUGCUUUACAUGCUUGAGUGACCAACACAACCACACUGGUUGACCUUUAAUAACUCUUGGUUGAGGAAUGGGACGCCACACUUCAUCAAAAUGAGAUCAGACUGGUGAUCAGCGUUGAGGAGGAGGUACCAAGCUGUUGUGACUGUGUAAGGAUCUUCCACAUACCACUGAGGUCCCUGACAUUGUGAAAAAAAUUGUGUAAAAAUAGCUGAUAUGCGUUGUUUCCAUAAUACUGUGGGAAAGCACAAUCAUCCACAUCCAAACAACUUAAAAUAAGACUUGAUGCCAACAGGGGAAUGUUGCAGGGGAUUGGGGCAUAUUUUUUGAGGGGCAGUACCCUCACUUUUAACUGUGUUGCUUGUUCCACAGAAGCAUGAUCUUUUCAAGACCUCAUUGUAAACGUGACUAAUCAGGAUUUCAAUAUUUAGAUAAGAUUAAAUGUAAAAAAUAAAAGAAAAACUAAUACAUUAAUUAACUCGUCUUUUAUAGCCUACCUGAGAUUUAAUGUAAAUGACAUCUGCCUCAGGGAAACUUUCAAAACGUUUGUUACCGAUGUUACCAAUUAGUCUUUUGUUUAUUGUCAAAUUAAUAAAUAUUUUCUUGAGCA